ACAGCGCAUGGUUUACGUAAAGGCUGUAAUUUGUUAGUUUUCAAUAAAAAUACGCAUUUUAUGUGCUACAAAGUGCAUAUUGCUAACUAAUUUAUAGUAAAUUUCAUCAUGGCAACUAGCAUAUCUCGUUUGUUUGAGCGUAACCUGCGGAGCAGCAAUAUGCACAAUGUGCGGCUUUUCAGCAGUCAAACGCCGCAGCAUCAGCAACAACAACAGCAGCAGCAAAGUGAAUUUGACGACGAAGAGGAGUUUCGCGUGCUAAAUCUACGCACCAUUAAACAGCAAGCACGCCGGCGAGAAUUCAAAAAAGAAGCAGUGCAGCCGCCACGCACAGGACGUAUGGCUGUGGAUCAGGAUUGGACGGCCGUUUGGUCAGGACCGCGGUCCUUUCAUCCAGCCAGCGUACCGCUGCCACUGCGUCAAGGCUUUACAGAGCGUGGCGCUGCAGCGCCCUCGAAGUACGCAAAUGCUGAGCUUAUGAAGAUUCCCAACUUUCUGCAUCUAACGCCGCCAGCAGUAAGACAACAAUGCGAGGCUAUCAAAAAGUUCUGCACGCCUUGGCCUAAAGGUUUAGAGAAUGAAACCAAAUGGAAGCGUCACUUUCCUGUGGAAGUUGUCACCACAGACUAUUGCCACAGUCUACCUACAAUAAGGCAUCCAGAUGCGCGUCGCGUUAGCCUUACACUAAAACUUUCCGACUUGCAAUUCGAUACGCAUGCAAAGGAUAAGUUUUUGCGUUUGGUAGGUGAGCGCUAUAACCAGGAGACGGAUACGCUGACAUUUGUAACCGAUCGUUGUCCCACAAGGAAGCAAAACUAUGAUUACGCCAUGUAUCUGUUAACGGCUUGCUAUCAUGAGUCCUUUGUCAAGGAGCCCUGGGAGGACAGCAAGUCUGAGGCCGACAUGGAGGUAUAUUUCUUUGAGCGCAAUCAGUCUAAGCUCUCUGCCGAGGCUAUACUGAACUGGAAUGGGAAGGGCGAGAAAGUGGCUCCCAGUGCAGAGUAUGCUACAAGUGUGGAGCAACUUAUAAACGAAGGAGAGAAUGAAUAUAACAUAGCCAAGUAUAAGGAAGAAGUGCUUAAAAUGCUUAAAAUCGCUGCCUAAAAAACUAAAUUGCAAUCUACUUUGUUACGACAUAAAUUUAAAAUAAAAAGCUAUUUAC